AUGGGUUUGUUGGAUAAAUUAGCCGUUUGGCUGAGGAUGAAGCGUAGGGACGUGAAUGUCCUUUGCUUGGGGCUGGAUAACAGCGGGAAGAGCACAAUCAUCAACCGCUUGAAGCCUGCCAGUGCACAAGCUGAGGAGCUUUUUCCGACAAUUGGAUUUAGUGUGGAGAAAUUCUCUACAUCAAGAUUGUCCUUCACUGUGUUUGAUAUGUCUGGCCAGGGAAGAUAUCGAAGCCUCUGGGAAAACUACUAUAAGGAUGCCCAUGCUAUUAUUUUUGUUAUUGACUGUGGGGACAAACUGAGAAUUAUCGUGGCUAAACAAGAAUUAGACACCAUCCUCAUACAUCCAGAUGUCAAGCACAGACCAACCCCUAUUCUCUUUUUUGCAAAUAAAAUGGACCUGAGCGAUGCUUUGUCAUCAGUUAUGGUGUCCCAGAUGUUGGAGCUUAAUAACAUCAAGGACAGACCUUGGCACAUAUGUUUCUCUGCCCAACUGCUCAAAUACUAUGUGCUGCAGAGGCAAGAGUAA